AUGGCCUUUCGAGGUGAACGGUUCAUGGUUGAUCUGGACGAUGACACUGUCACCAUCCCCAGUGAUCCCGCCCCCUCACCCUUCUCGUUGAUCGGGGAGAUUCGUGAGCGAGCACCUACCGCGGCUACACCACCGGCUCCAGCACCACCUUCGUCCACCUCUUCAACCGGAUUUCCCGCGCAUCGCCGCCGCACCAAGACUCCGUCCUUUAAGGAACGACGAGCUGGCCAGAAAGCGACCCCUCAGGCCAACGAUGUCUCGUCAAAUACACCACCCACUCUGCAGGAUGACAAGCGAGCCAUCGCAGAAGAGAACAAACGUCAUCUGGCAUCAAUGUCAGAAGCGCAGAUUCAGAAGGAGCGGGAAGAGUUGAUGGAAUCGAUGGAUCCUGCGCUUUUGGAAAGAUUCCUCCGUCGAGCUCGGAUCGAUGAUGAAGCAAACACCGGCGCUGGAGCGACGCCAGCGACGCCGACACAAGAGGAUUCAUCCGAGCCCGCAACCAAGUCUGCAGGACACUCAGCUUCUACAAAAUCUUCCAAAUCCGUUUCCUUCGAUAUAUCCCUAUCGGAAUCUACAAAGGGCAGACAAGCCGACGUCAUCAUCCCUCAAAAUCCAUCAUCUUCACUCAAAGGACCCGCCAACGACGAUCGUCCACCUCUCCAACCGCCAAAAGACCUGCGACCUGCCUCUGAAAAACCCCCAUCAUGGAUCCCGCCGUCAUUGAAACUUUCCACUUUCCUCGCCCCAAACAACCGAUGCCAGUUCUCGACCCUUCUUCCCCAGAUUUCCUAA